AUGUUCCACCUCACUCGUCGUCGUCUCGUCGUCGCACUUUCUCCCUCCUCCAGCCUGCGAACGGGUGGGGGUCAGUCCUACUCGGCGUCGCGUGCGUUGUCCUCGGCCGCUUCCUCGGCCCUCUCGCGCUUGGGCCUCUCCUCUUCAAGUCCCAACGCAGGCGUCUACGAAGGCACCUCCUUCCAAGCCGCGGGCCCGCUCAUCAAAUCCAUCAACCCCUCAACAGGGGAAACGAUCGCCCAAGUGAUCCAAGCCUCCCCGGAGGACACCGAACGCGUGAUCAGCUCGGCUCGAAAAGCCUACCUCUCUUGGCGGAACGUCUCCGCACCCAAUCGAGGACUAUUGCUUCGUGAGAUCGCUCAAACCUUGCGUCAUCACAAGGACGAUUUGGGUCUUUUGGUUUCGCUGGAAAUGGGCAAGAUUUAUUCCGAAGGUAAAGGAGAGGUACAAGAGAUCAUCGACGUCGCGGAUUAUGCGGUCGGGUUAUCUAGAUCGAUCGGGGGCAGUGUCGUCCCUUCGGAGAGGGAGAAACACUUCAUCACCGAAGUUUCGAACCCCCUUGGCGUGGUCGGUUGCAUCACGGCUUUCAAUUUCCCCGUCGCUGUCGCAGGAUGGAACUUGGCCCUCUCGUUGAUCACGGGCAACGCGAUGGUAUGGAAACCCUCGCCUUCAACGCCAUUGACCGCGAUUGCCAUGACCAAAUUGAUGAGCAAGGUUUUCGAAGCCCAUGGUCAUUCGGGCGCGUUGGCGAGUUUGGUCUGUGGUGGUGCGCAGGUUGGGGAGAAGCUCGUCAAUGAUAAGAGGGUCGAUUUGAUCAGUUUCACCGGAUCAGAGGCGAGAGGGAGAGAAGUGUCGAUGGCCGUGGCGGGAAGGUUCGGCAAGUCCAUCUUGGAACUUGGUGGAAAUAAUGUGAGUCACCACACCAGACGAUGAGAGUCAGGAAUUGCUCUGAUGGUGUCCUCUGUCGAGCGACUUUCCAGGCCGCCAUCGUCCUGCCCGACGCCAACAUCCCCUUAGCCCUCCGAUCGAUCCUCUUUGCCGCACUCGGAACAGCAGGGCAAAGGUGCACGACCACACGUCGUCUCUUCCUUCAUUCCUCCAUCGCCGAUUCUUUCAUCGAGCAACUCAGGAAGGCCUAUAUCUCCACCUCGAAUCGUAUCGGUGAUCCCCUGGACGACUCUUCCCUCGUCGGUCCUCUACAUGGUCAAGACGGCGUACAAAAGUUUAAAGCGGCUAUUGAGGAUGCCAAGAAGGAAGGAGGGGAGAUCAUCGUUGGUGGGAGGACGAAGGACAUGAAGGGUGAAUUCAAGGGCGGCAACUGGGUCGAGCCGACGAUCGUCAGGUUCAAGGAUGCCACGAAGGCCGAGGUGAUGAAGAGGGAGACGUUCGCGCCGAGUGAGUUUGCGAACGUUUGCUAGGCAGACUCGACCCGCAAAGUUGAGCAGGAACCGUCUAUUACCAGUCCUCUAUAUUUCGACAUUCGAUACCUUGAAGGAGGCGAUCGAGCUCAACAAUGGGGUUGAACAAGGAUUGUCCUCGACGUUAUUCACAAAAGACAUGUCCUCCGCGUUCCAAUGGAUCGGUCCCGCAGGCUCCGACACCGGAAGUAAGUUGACCCAACCUCCACCUCCUUCGCCGAGAAACACCCAAAAGUCUCAGCGUGCUAACCUGACCCCUGCUGUCCUCAUCUCCGCAGUUGUCAACGUCAACGGCUCAACCUCAGGUGCCGAGAUCGGUGCUCCUUUCGGCGGCAACAAGAGCACCGGAUGGGGUCGUGAAUCCGGUGGGGACGCGUGGAAACAAUAUUGCCGUUGGUCGUCUUGCACGCUCAAUUGGAGUGAUGAGGUCGCCUUGGCUCAAGGGGUCAAGUUCGAGUAG